CUGUCUGCUCUUGCCCCCGGCCGGUGCUGAGCCACACAGUGUGGGAGGGCUCCGUUUAACUCCUCUUUGCCCAACCAAGGAAGGACUAUAGUUCAUUCCUGCCAAGCUGAGAGAGUACUGGCACUAUAGGAGUUAAACUGUGGGUGUAACUCUUUAUAUACUGGCCCUGCAUGACUUCACUGGCACAUUUUAUACCUUGAACAGUACUAGAGAGAAAGAGCUCAGCGAAGGAGAAAGGAUCCUUCUAGGCCAGUUGAAGGAUAAAGUCAACUCACCCUCAAUAACAUGUCCCAAGUGAUACCCAACCAUGUACUGCGGGUUGGUCAAACUGUCUGCAUGGCAUCCACGGAUGAUGGUGGAGUAUUCAGGCAAGGUGGGCACCCAAGAAGCAUCACUGUGACCAAUAAAUGCUCUUACUUCAGCACAGAGAGAUGUACUGGCCAGCUGCCAUUACAAUACAAUGGUCACAUUUUGCCCCCAGGGCUUUAUGGUGGGGAAAGGACCCUGGCUUCCAAUUCCAUUCACACAGUUGUGGGGAAUAUGGAUUUCAGCCCUCAGGGGGACCAGCAAUGUGUCUCCAGUGGUAACACAAGACAGAAAAGCCAACCUGAACCUGACGUUUACAAGGGAGAAGACCCUUUGUCUCCAUCUUUGGAUAUAUCCAUAGACAAUCUGAAUCAGCUGAUUUUGCAGUUGGAUCCAACUUUCCAACCCCUGCCGGUCAAAAAUGAUCCGAUGAGAAAAAAAUCAACUUGUGAUACCCCAUCUUUUCCAGAAGCAACCAAGAAAGCAAGCUCUCCAGAGAUAAAAUGCGUCGAGGUGAAUGUGAAAAGAGCCAGGUGUCAGGAGAAUAUUCAACAGACAUCGAGCCCCAUUCCAAAACACGAGGGGCUAUUAAUAUCACGAGGGACAUCUAUGGACACCUGUACGCCCAACUGCAGUCCUAUUGUCAUUGAAACCCGUCCUUGUGUCAAGGGUCUUCAGAUGCUUCAAAGACGCCCAUCAACUGGAUCCUACCAGCAGCCAACCCAGAGCGUUCCUAUUGUCUAUCAGAGAUCCAAUCAACCUGACGCCUUCAUGUCCUCAUCUUUGGGGUCAGAAACCAUUCAGUACUCAAGGCCACUUUUUCGCAAUAGUGAAACUUCUAUGAUAUCCAACAGCCCUGGGUCUGACACCAGCUAUCUGCUAGGGAGCACCCACUCGCUUCCUCAAGAUGAGUUUGAUGGCCACAGUUUCCAUGGAAGAACAUUAGAAAGUCCUUGUGGCUCUGUGGGGUCUUUUUCCAAUGUAAUGAGUCCUGGACUAAUGUCCCCUACGACGCCUGUACAUUACUUUGACCACAGUACUGAGAUCUUCAACUCAUCGCUGCCCAAGAUCCCAAACCAGAAGAUGUUUGCUACAAAAGGCAACGCCAACAGCUGUCCUCCAUCUGUUAACAGUUCCAGUAUGGAUAUACCAAUACUUUUGGUAAAUGGUUGCUUGGAGAGUGAAGACAGUCUAAGAAAAUCCUCCAGGUUGCUCCAGGGCAGAAGUUCUUCAACUUUCAACAGACCAAACAAGACCUGCUCUGAGUCCUCCAUUCAUAACUGCACAGAUAAUUCUAUCAGAGAUUCUCAGCCCGGCAUGAAAUUUGUAAUGGACACUUCCAAGCAUUGGUUCAAACCCAGCAUGACUCGGGAUCAAGCAAUUGAGUUUUUGAAGGACAAGGAACCAGGUGCUUUUAUUAUCAGAGACAGUACAUCCUACCGGGGAUCAUUUGGACUGGCCAUGAAGGUCCCUGGGAUGGCAGCUAAAACAGGAAAGGGGACAAAUGACCUUGUAAGACAUUUCCUGAUAGAGUCAUCUGCCAAGGGUGUACACUUGAAGGGGGCUUGUGAAGAACCCCAUUUUGGGAGUCUCUCUGCAUUGGUUUAUCAGCACACCAUCACCCCUCUAUCAUUACCCUGCAAAUUGGUCAUUCCAGACAGAGGUCAGUCUGAAGGGGAUAGCAGUCCAGAUUCGCCCCAGGUGCCCACGUUGCCUGACCUGAAGACAUCAUCAUCAUGCAAUGUCCUUUACUUAAACUCUGUCAGCACCGAAACCCUGACGGGUUCCAGCGCAGUCCAGAAAGCCGUAUCCACCACCUUCGAGAUGUCCAACCAGUCCGUGCCGACAAUCGUACACUUCAAAGCCACUGAGCAGGGAGUCACCCUGACGGAUGUACAGCGCAAAGUUUUUUUCCGUCGACACUACCCACUGUCAACAAUCACUUUCUGCAGUGUGGACCCUGAGCUCAGAAAGUGGCAGAAACAGUGCAGAUCUUCAAGAAUCUUUGGCUUCGUGGCAAAGAACCCGACAGAUGCAUCGGACAACGUGUGCCACAUUUUUGCCGAGUAUGACGCCAUUCAGCCAGCCUCCCCGCUAAUAAGCUUCUUAACGAACAUCAUCCAGCAGCAAGAGAAGGUGUAGCCGGCCAAUAGAAAUCUGCCUUUGGAUCACGUGUAGAUAUAUCGAUUUCCAGCUGAUGAUGGAGGAUUCUUGAUAGAAUGGUUCCGUCUGAUCAUGUCCUAAUCUCCCUAUAUGAUGCUCCACUUGGGACUGGUCUGUUUUUCUCGUCAGCUAUUGGUCGGUAUCUUCUCGCGGCCGACCUGCUGAGUCUGCACUAUUUUGCAUGGUAGGAUUUGGCUGAGGCGCUUGUUGGGUGAAAGAAUUUCCCACGUGCACUUUACACGCUUCUGGGCACGGUCAGAUGGAGCCCUGGCCCGGGAUUAGUUAAAGUAUGGAGAGUUCAGUAGGGUCUCGAGGAAAAGUCCAACUUGUAUUAUUUCAGAUCAUAUUUUGGCACUGACAGUUUAUUAGUGUUCCAGUGGAUGACAGCUUCUUGGGCUGCUCUGGGUUUGCACAUACUUGCAUCCAAAAAAGGAAAUUAUAUCCAUGUCUAUUCCAGCCUAAUGGAGUCGGACAAGGGAGAAAA